GGAAAAUGGGCGAUAUCCUGGAAAAAGCGGGUCACUAGGUGAAUUUAAAUAAUAUUUACUGGCUGUGAUAAGCUAAAUAAUCUCAGAAUUGUUUUGAACCACAGAUAAGUACUUGGUCCUUCUACGUAAGCAAGUUACAUGUAGUCACCAACUUUGUUUAACUUCUCUGUUUUUCUCCUGUAGGACGACUCCAUUUUGGUUGACUCAUUGAAGUCUGCGAAUUCGAUUGUUGGUUUAAUAACGCUGGAUCCUAACAUUUCGGAAUACCCAGAGAAGUUUGUGAAUUUUCCCCAUGCGGCAAACUUCCCUUCAAAAUCACCUAUGAACCGAAUGCCUUCGGCGAUCGGGGUGGUGGGCCUCAGCCCCCACUCCAUAUGCAACCAGUCCACUCAGGCCCGGUGAUAUCAAGUUCCUUAAAUAUACCGAAUGCCCUUCCACCUGGAUUGUCUCACUCGGGUCACUCUAUGCCAAUGUCCGGCCCGCAUGACCGUGAACCUCCUACGCCAGUCUCUGGCUCCGGUCAAAUACCAGGGCACUACUUUUCUGCUCUUGGUAUGAAUCCCGGUUCCCCACAUCCCAUCCCAAACAUGAUUUCACAUGGCCAUCCCAGUCAAUUCCAUCACCAUCCACUGUUCUCUCUAAACCGGCUACCACAUCUCAUAGGUCAACCAGAAUUACGAAUAUUUGAAAUGAAUAAGCGUUUACAACAACGGAGCGACGACUGUGAUAGCUUGUGGUGGGAGUCGUUUGCUACAGAUUUCUUCGAAGAUGAUGCAACUCUUACCCUAGCUUUCCUCACAGAAGAAGGUCCAAAAAGUUAUACCAUCGGAAGAACACUCAUCCCUCGUUAUUUCCGCAGUAUCUUUGAAAGUGGAUGCGGUGAACUAUACUAUAACCUUAGACUAAACCAUGAAUAUUUUCACCAUCCAAUUUUAACACUGGACUCAGAAUCUGCUACAAUGACUAUGACUAUGGUCAGAUCUAUUCCCGUUACAGUUGUUGUGGAAGGUCGAUUGACGCUGGAUUUCGCCUUUGAUGACUUAAUGAGAAUUCGGUCUUGGAUUUUCCUCAUUCGAACGCAUCGCGAAAUGAUAAUGAGAUCUAUGUUGGGGAUUCAAGAUCCAGCCUUUUUAGAUCAACUGUCUAAAAAUAUUACACGCUAUGGUAUGACAAAUGCCACCUUGAAUUUCUUCCGUUUAUGUGUCAUCCUGGAACCAAUGCAAGAGUUAAUGUCUCGUCAGAAAGCCUAUAGUCUUACUCCAAGAGAUUGUCUUAAGACUACUCUGUUUCAGAAAUGGCAACGAAUGAUGCCUCAAGAAGCUACACGGCAGCCUAGUAAAAGACGUAAGCGUAAAGGCAGUUCAGCUACUGCAGAUGGCUCAAAUAGUACUGGUCGAGCUUCAAAACGUAAACAAUCACCCAUUCCAUUACCGUCUCAUCAUAUCGCUCAGCCUGGGGAUGUUAUGAUCGUUGGUGAACCAACUCUAAUGGGUGGAGAUUUUGGUGAUGAAGAUGAACGCUUGAUAACUCGUUUAGAGAACACACAAUACGACGCUGUAGCGGCAGCCGCAGCUGCAGCCAAUUCCGGUGUUAUGGCUUCUUCGCAUAUGAUGAAUUCAGGUCCUUUCCCCGGAUCGAAUGAUUCACCUGCUGGUCCCGGUAUCAUGUCAUCACCACUCAGCGGUGGCGGUGGAAUGAAUUCAGGAGGCGGUAAUAUGUCAUUAAAUCCUAACCAGCAGCAACAACAACAGCAAAUGAAUUCACUUCAAUUCCGUCCAGGCCCAAUGUCAUCAGCUGGCCAAGGUGGGGGUGGUGUUAGUAAUAAUAAUUCAAAUCAAAAUAUGCCAUCGCAUGAAGGUGUUUUCCCCGGUAAUAAUAUUAAUAUUAAUAAUAACAAUAAUAAUAAUAUUAUGACAUCUUCUAUGCAACAACCAAAUCAAACAUUAGUUUCUAUGCCUCCUAGUCAAUCGCUUUAUACAAGUUCAGCGCCGAACAGAAGUCUACAACACCAUCAUCCUCAUCCACAAAUGAUGGGACAACAAUUUAUGCCAGUAUUUACAAAAGGUCAAAUGUCUACACCGAAUUUACCUAACAGAAAUGAACACUAUAUGACUUCAACAGCAAAUGCAGAUAUUGUUAUGCAUCAACCAACACGAUCAAGUAGUGCUUCAUCUAUAGUUGAUGGUACAAAUGGUUUAAGUGGAUUCCCGCAUUGUGCCUCACCUAAUCUGCUUCCAUCAAGACCACCAGCUCGUUUCACUCCACCAUCUCUUCCAAAUGGUGUUGGUUCUACAGUAAUUGUCUCAUCAUCCUCAUCCUCCUCCUCCUCACAACAACAACAACAAUCCAAUUUUAUGAUGCCAAAUGAAAUGAUGGGUGGCGGUGGUGUUGGUAAUACUUCUUCAAUGGGGCAUGUAUCUGUUCCUGGGACACCUUUAACUUCCCCACUGACUUCAUCCUCUUUUACAAUGGAUAUGAUAGAUAAUCAAAAUGUUUUACACUCUGCACCGUCUACUCUGAUGUCAACAACGAUCAAGUCGAAUAACUCCCCUAUGCUGUAUAAUUCAAUUGGAACAAGUUGUAGUGGGAAUCAGUUGACUCCGGAGCCGACAAUGCUUCCAACAAUGAGUGGUGGUAUGGGAUGUGAUGUCUCCUCGGCUGUGAUGAAUGAUAAUGAAGAUCUCAAAAUGAUUAAUAAUAAUAGUAAUAAUAAUAAUACUAACAACAAUAAUAAUAAUAACGCAGCACCUCCACGUCCUACUGCCGAGUCCAUUUAAAUUAAUAACAAUGUCUCUGGGAAAUUUGUUUCUAUACUCUUAUCGUCAUUAUUGCGGAUGUGUAUACAGUAUUGUCAAUAAUGUGAAGAUUACGAGUACUUCUACUACGAUCAUUCACUAACACAGUUAUUCAUUUUGGACAACUAUGCACAAAUAAAAUAAAACGAAACAGUGAGUAUAUAUAUAUACAUGUAGAAAGAAAGAGAGGUCCUCUGAAAUCUCCACUUCCAGUGGUCUCCCGUGUUCAUAAAAACUGAAAGUUCUGUUUCCUUUUUUUCUAUAAACCUCAUUUGUAUCUUCUUUUCUCUUCUUUUUAUUUUAAUUAAUUUUUUUGUUCGUUUGUUUGUUUUCAACGAUUCAAAGUUAUCCAGGAGGAAGCAUUUAUAUAAAUAAAUAAAUAAGUAAAUGAACAUAUUAUUCCACCUCUUCUAUAUACAGUACACUUGUGUAUUUUUAUUUGACCUGUUCGUGCGCCCAUAGCCCCGCCCCGCCCCUCCCCCAUCUUACACACCUACCUACCUUCUUUCCUUCGUUCCACCCUGUCUACUUUCUCCAAUGUCUCAACACCCGCCGAUUGUCUAAUUUGAUGCAUAUAUAUAUAUAUAUGCAUAUGUCUGUCUGUAUCAUUGCCAAAUAUCACUCACUUUCUAAUACAGUAAAACAAUAUCCCCCGGCCCGCGUCCCCGUCCUUCGAUGCGAUUUACUUUUUUUGGAUUCUUCAAGAAAUAUGAUCCCAUUUCAUAUUUUGUUUCCCUCGCCCCCCUCCACACACACUUGUACAUACAUUUUUUUGCAUAUGUACUUACUUACGUAUAUACGUAUGUAUUGUUUCUUGUAAUGUUAUAAUUAUGCUGCUCUAUACAUAUAUACAUACAUACAAAAAAUAACACGAAUAUUUGAUUCAA